AACUCGGCCGAAACAGCCGCCGCUUCUUCUUCUUCUUCUUCUUCUUCCGCCGCUCUCAACCUCCGCAUCAGUCACUGGACCGCGCCUACUGAAAACCGAGCGCGCCCCAUGUCGCCGCGAGAUUGAACGCCGGUCCACCGGAGGCCGUCGCGAUGGCGAACCCGAGGAGGCCCUCGUACGCCGCGGCCGGCGGCCCGGCCGCCAUCAGCCUGGAGAGCGCGCAGGCGUCGCCGGCCGCCGCCGUCCUGGCCCAGAGAAGCGCCUUCUCGUACUCGUCCGUCGUCAACUUCCUCAAGAAGCCCCACGCCAUCCCCAUCCUCCUCUCCGCCUUCCUGCUCAUCACCUGGAUCUCCCUCCGCCUCCAGGCCAGCUCCUCCGCCGCCUCGCGGUUCGCUUCCAGCCGCGACGGCGAGCGGCGGAGGGAGGAGGACGACCGCAAGGCGAACCUCGUCAGGUUUCCCCUCGGCUCCUUCAGCGACAAGCGCGGGUGGCUCGUCGAUCCCGCCUCCGUCGCGCUCGAUAACGGCAUUCGAGGGGGAGCUGUGACCUGUGCCUCGUUCCAUGUCGGCGAAAUCCGCCCCCGCGGUGCGAGGGCGAAUCACAGGCACCACACCUGUAACGAGACGUUCGUCAUUUGGGGUGCUAAGACCAAAUUCAGGCUGGAGAGCAGUGAGAUGGGUGACAAAACUUAUGCUGAAGUAGUUGUUGCUGCUGAUGAGGUUGCUGUUGCAGCAAGUCCAAGUGGUACAGCUCAUGCCUUGAUAAAUGUGGAUCCUGUACAUACUACAUUCUUCAUUGGGUGCCAGGAUAGUGUAAUAAACUAUAACAGCUCCAGUACAGACUAUCGUGUUUGGAAAGAUCUCUAAGUCAUGUCAAAUAUGGCGUUGCCUUCUUGGUUGUUUAACUCAAGUCUGAUAUAUUAACUACCUAGUCUAGUUUUCUUUCCCUUUUGCUGGCAUCUGCAAGUCGUUUGAAUCAGUCACAUUCAAUCAGAUGUAAUUCAAAAGUUGAUAUGUACAAAAAGCAAUGGCCAACAUCUGGCUUGUCAGCCACUUUUCCUUUUCUUGUUUUGGAAGUUGACAAUGAUAUUCUGCUUGGUGCA